CACCACCACCCUCCCGGCCAUACGCACACUGCAUACACAUAUGCUGCUGUCUCUGCUCCCCGACUCUCGUGUGUACGGCCAAUGAACCACCUGUUCAUGGCAACAUGCCAUCCGGACGACCCCCAGGCUCCCACCCACACGUGCGAGUCCGCGAUUUGCUAUUGCUAUCGUUGCUCGUGCCAGUAGCGGCUGCCCUGCAGAGUCAGCCCGACCGCAACCGCAACCACCACCACCACCAUCACCAACAUGCCGCCCUUCCGGAUGGAGACGUCGUCGACUCGGUUCCCGGUGUCGACGAGCAAUGGCACGCCGCCGUGGGCCAGCAGCUCCAUCAUGAUGUGCACGUGAAGCACAAGGCUCAGAAGAAUACCAAUGUCGGGCCUGCAGACGUCGACAAUAGUCACCAUGGAGGAAACAACAAUAACAACAACAUCAAGGAUAUCAAUAACAAAAGCUACAACAACAACAAGAAAGCGCGGAUCUCAGCUAUCCAACAGCGCGCCCUUGCGACUGUGUCUCCAGCCGAACCCAAUGGCCCGGCUGUUCGAGCACCUCCUGCCUCACGGUCACCGGCUCAUAGCAGCCCCGGUUUGGCCUCGCGACACCCGGCGCGGUCUCUGCAGGAUUGGCAAGUCGAGGAUCUCAUGCUCCUGGCGACAGUGGAUGGAAAGCUGUAUGCGCGCGACCGCGGCACUGGUGCCGCGCGCUGGGAAUUGGAAACAAGUGAUAUGGUGCAGGUCAUCCAGCACCCACACAAUAAAACCUACACUCCGGAUGGCCGAGAGGUGGAGGAAGCGCAUUUUGUCGUCGAGCCGAGUCAAGAUGGGGUCAUGUAUGUUUUACAUCCCCACUUUGGAUUGCAGAAACUGCCCUAUACCGUCAAGCAGCUGUCCGAAGCGGCGCCAUACGAGGAAACGGGAGACCUGGGCGUGACUUAUACUGCCGAGAAGAAGAGCACGCUGUACCAUAUUGAUGCCAAGACGGGCCUUCCGCGCAAUGUUUUUCUACCCGGAGGCUCAUACGUCAACAAGGACCAGAGCUGUCGUCUGGUCAGCCCUCUCGACGACAAUCUGGGCGAGAAUGAGUGCGAGACCCACGGAACCAUUGUCCUCGGGCGCACCGAGUAUACCAUCGGUAUACAUAACAGGGUUACGGGAGAGGCUAUUGAAACCAUCAAGUAUUUUGAGUGGUCCCCAAACAUGCGAGACAACGAUCUGCGCAACACCUAUGACCGAACUAUGGAUGACAAGUAUGUCUACUCGCACUGGAAUGGUCGCAUCAGUGGCAUCGACACGAGUUCCGCCGAGUCGUACAGAAAGCCCGACUUCACCCAAGUCUUUGCAGCUCCCGUGGUCCGAGUGUUCGACAUUAUCCGGCCGAAAGAAGACUUCUCACAAGAUGCAUCGCUGGCGGUGCUUCCACAACCCAUACCACCCCUCAUGCAUUCUUUUGCGGGGUUGGACGACGACGAAGACUUUGAUCCCGUCUAUGUUAAUCGCACUCAAUCCGGCAGUUGGUAUGCACUCUCCGAGAAACACUAUCCGUCGGUGACAUAUCACGCCCCGUUAGCUACCAGUAAGGACGCCCGCCGAUGGGAUCAGGAAGACUUUGCAGGUGUUUAUAAUCUGCCACACGAAAGCUACAGUGAGGUGCAAUUGCUGGACGGCAAUAAUGUGCCUCUAAUUGAUGCUGCGCCGCCGCUCCAAUCGAAAUCAUCCAUCAGCGAAGCGAUGGAUACACCUUUACCUAGAUCGGAGAAGGGUUCGAUUGAUCUCCACUGGCUGACCGCCUUCACCCUGGGCAUCACUGUCACGUUGCUGGCGGUAUCAGGCAGCCUGGUACUGUACAAGUGGCCAGAACUUCGUGCUGCUUUCAUUCCCCAACAAGCCGGCGUGCAGAUGCCGUUGGCGGAAGUGGCCAAGGUGUCUACGGAUAAACAGCCUGUCCGUCGCGUAGACGAACCUGCCGAAGAGCUGAUCUUUCCCCAGCCUGCACAUGUCGAAAACGAACCAGCUCCUCCUGCCCGAGUGCACUUUGAUAUUCCUGACACUGCGGAAGAGCCUCUUCAGAGAACAGUCACAGGGGACGCAGAGCCUGGCGACGAGCUCAAAGAAGGCGAACCCAAGCCGAAGAAGAAGGCCACACGCGGUAGGCGAGGCGGCAGGAAGCAGAAGGAAAAGGAGCUGGCGCAAGCCGAAGCUCGAGCAGCAAAGAAGAAUGACGCCGUGUCGGAGACCGACACCCCUGGAAUACUGACUGUGCCGACAUCACCAGAUCCCAACACGCACAUCAUCAGCGUCGCCCAAUCGGAGGAUCCGGCCUUGUCCAUCACCAAUCCCGUCGCAAUUAACAACCUUUCCAUCUAUCUUGACAAGGAGAUUGGACGAGGCAGCGCCGGCACGAUUGUGUACCAGGGAAAUUUCGAGGGCCGCGACGUCGCAGUCAAGCGUAUGCUCACCUCCUAUUGCGACCUGGUGGAGUUAGAAGUCAGCUUUCUCCAACAAAGCGAUGGCCAUACCAACGUGGUCCGCUACUUCUGCCGACAACGAGAUGACCACUUUCUGUACAUCGCCGUCGAGCUCUGCCAAGCCAGUCUGUUUGAUGUGUGGGAAUUUGAUCGGGCCAAAACGGAGGAGCAACGCCAAACGCGGCAGAAGCUGAAGCUGGCCAUACAGCAAAACAUGAAGAAAAGUCUACAACAAGUAGCUGCAGGCUUGCUGCAUCUGCACAAGCUGCGCAUCAUCCAUCGCGACAUCAAGCCUCAGAAUAUCCUGGUAGCACAUCCGAGCCCGACGCAGCCGCCGGGCACGACUCGGUUGGUGAUUUCCGACUUUGGUCUGGGUAAAAACUUGCCCGAAAACAUGAGCACACUCAUUGAUCCCACCGGCAAUGUCGGCACCUCCGGAUGGAAGGCUCCUGAACUGAUCAACAACCCCAGCGACAAGGGCGACAGUGUGCACAGUCGUGGGCACUCCGAAAACAGUUCUCCGAGUGGUUCGACUCCGGGAGUGAGUAGUGUUAAGCGCGCUGCUGAUAUCUUCGCACUGGGAUGCCUGUUCUUCUGGGUCCUGACCGAUGGCGUGCAUCCAUACGAAGACGAAAGUGGCUGGCACGGUCUUCGCGACAAGAACAUCAAACAAGACAAAAAGGACAUGCAGCCUCUCGCCAAAUGGUCAGACGCCUACGAACCGCUGCAGCUCAUCACGAGUAUGCUGUCGGCACGUCCGGAAGACAGACCGACGGCGCAACAGGUGCUCAAUCAUCCCUACUUCUGGACUCCGGAACAGCGCCUGCAAUUCCUGUGUGACUGUUCUGACCACUUUGAGCGAGAAGUGCGUGGGACGUGGGAGGAUAACUAUGCGGGAGACUCUCCCGACUUGUGCCGCCUCGAAAGUCGUGCCAGAGAAGUCAUCGACGCCCAUUCCGAUCGCCCUGACUUCUUGUCUAAGCUCGACGUUUUCUUUGUGCAGACUCUGGGGAAACAACGCAAGUACACGGGAAGUCGACUCCUCGAUCUGCUGCGAGCAUUGCGAAACAAGAAGAACCACUACGAGGAUAUGCCCGAAGAUGUCAAGAAACGCGUUGGACCGUUGGAUGAGGGAUACUUGAACUACUGGUGUAUUCGCUUCCCACGAUUGCUGAUGGCUUGUCAUGAGGUGAUUCAGGAAGCUGGGCUGCGGAAGAGCGCGAGAUUCAAAAAGUAUUUUGACGAGUCAUUGUGAUACUCUACAUAGGUCUGUAGAGCCUUGAUUCUACCCCUUUUCCUUGGUAUCUUCUGGUCCAUCUUCCCCAGGGUCUGCACCUCUCAAUCCGAUUUGUGACUAGGAUGUAUGGAACAGACAAGAAAGACACGCGGAUGGCAGCGAAGUGCAAUUGCAAUUGGCUCCUGCCUGCUCUGCUCUGCUUUGCUCUGCUCUUGCCCGAUGGUGCUCGGUCUGCUUCGUUUCACUUUCACUUUCACCUCACUAUUGCCAAACCGAUUUACUCUACUUCUCACUUUGCAAUUUUCUUUUCUCACUUUCCAUUCGUAUGCAGCUUGCGGCCUGAAACGACAUCUAUAUCUUCCACGUCGCGGCUUCAACAAACGAACACACCUUCAACAACAUCCACACUGGCACUUGGCAUCACCCAUUGGCCACUACCUAACAUCAUCGAUCGCACAAUUUGAUACGACCUCCUUCUGCUCCCAUGGACGACCCCGCUCCCUCCUCUGCGCAGUCGUCGUCGUCGUCGUCGCUUCCCAUCAUCAUGCCAGAACUC